AUGCAUCUCUGAUUUUGACAGCAUGCGCAUGCAAAAAUCACAAAAUCUCGGAUCUCAUUUGAAAGUGGGUGUGUCAACGCUCACACACAUCCGGUUAAGCUUAAUUAUUAUUAAACUGGGCGUGUAGCCACGCCUUCAAACCACAUGGAAUUAUGGAUUCUGUACCUUUCCUUCACAUUGAGUACCUAGUAAAAUCAGGGCUAACAUACGAAGAAGUCAGUGAAGAGCUUAUGAGGAGCUACCCUGGAGUAAGAGGUCUUUCUGCUCGUAGUGUCAGGCGUUAUUGCAAUGUGAACGGUAUCAGCCAUCUUCAAACUAAUGAAAUUGAAUCUCUAGCUGUUGAGGCCAUAUACGAGGUUGGUGCACUAUAUGGGAGGAGAUUGAUGAGGGGAUAUCUCUUAUCUAAGGGAUUUAGAAUAUCUGAGAGGAGUGUUGCAUCUGCAUUAAAGGCAAUAGAUCCCGAUUCGUAUGAAUCACGGAGGCAAAAUGCUCUGGAUCGUACCAACCCUAUCCCAUAUCGCCCAAGAUACUUUGGCCAUAAAUUACAUCUUGACCAGAAUGAGAAACUCACUCCAUUCGGGGUAACAACUGUAGUGGCAAGAGACGGAUACUCUGGCAAGAUUAUAUCUUUUGGAGUUAUGCCAAGGAAGAAUAAUGUUGCAAUUUAUGAUCUUGUUUACAAAAAAGCAUUGCAUGAAUACGGUUUAUGGGACCAAGUGAGGGUGGACCAUGGCAGGGAAUUCUAUCUCAUAUUGUAUAUUCAAGAUCAGUUACGUGAAACUUAUGGAUCACCUGACGUUCGUCCUCAUGUUCAGUCAACUUCUACUGCAAACAUGCCUGUGGAACGAAUAUGGCCUGAAAUAAAUUCUAGGGUUAAUUAUCCUAUAAAGAGACUGCUGAUAUCUAUGGUUGAUGAUGGUACCCUUGAGAUGGAAGAUAAUACAGUGAAGUUUUGCGUUUCAUUUAUUACCAGCCGUAUUGUUCAUGCUGGUAUUAAACGUUUUGUUAGUGCAUGGAAUGAACAUACUAUCCCAAGAUCUGGAAUUCCGAGUCAAAUAGCUGCUGUGGGUGAAAGUGGAAUUACCAUUCUUCCUUUGUCUGUUAUUCCUGGAGCUGAAGAAGCAGCUGAAAUGUAUUGUGCUCAGGGUGGCAGACUUCAUUUUGAAUGUGACUUUGGCAUUGAUCCUUUGGCUGAAAGGAAUGACCUAAUUAUGUUGAGAGAUCAAUGGCUGAGCAGUGUCAUUCCUCUGAGUAGUGACACAUUUAGUAAUGUUGUAUCUGGCGAUGGAUCACUACUUAAAAGAUCGAUAUUAGCUUGCAUUGAGUUGACUUUGCGCUUCAGUGAACUCAUAUAACUAAAAUAUGAACAGUUUGUUGGUUUAGGCAAUUAUUUCUGUCAUUAGAAAAAAUUAA